CCAGAUCUACAACAUGUUUCUUUUAAUACAAACACAUACGAAAUAUACACAUUUUGAGUUACAGUGUAUAAACAAGUUCUUGCUCUUGAGUUUCAUUCUUUCUGAGUUUGGUAUGGCCAAUGAACUCUUUCUAACUCCACACUCUACAUUAACUCUAAUGGAAGGUGACCCAGCCACAAUGACGUGCUCAGUAAAACUUUUCCAAAGUAUGGUUGACCCGACAGACGUAGAGAGCCUUGAAAUAGCAAAAUUUGAGUAUGAGAGCCUGAUUGUGUUUUACAAUCGAAACGGCUAUUCAAAAAUAUAUUCGGGAAUAGAUCAAUCCUGGCAAGUAAACCUGACAGGUCACGUGGUUGGAGAUAAACAUGUCAACACUCCUAAUACGAUGACGAUUACCAUAUACAUCCCUGAACUUAAGUUGGUAGACUCAGGGAAAUAUUUCUGCUUACUUUAUCGUGUCAAGGGUAACCUUUAUAAAAGAUUUGGGAGUAAACUUAUUGUAGAAGGAAAACAAAUAGUGUUGACAUUUUUAUUGUGGGGUUUGUCAAGCUACAAUUAUGUCAAUGUCUACAUCUGUAAUGCAGGAGGAUACACAGCACGUGUAACUUUUGCUUGUGUUAAAAGAAAUAAAAAUAUAAAGAUGAUUAACAGACAUUCUUGUAUCGAUGAACAGCUCUCUGGAUUACAGCUCUCCAAAACUGACCACUGCUACCUUAACAGCACUCGUACGGUCACGUUAGCCGUGGAAUAUGUUAGCCCGUUAUUCUUGAAAGACUUCUCUAUGGCCAUGCCAAUCAGUAGAUGGGGAACAGAGUAUCAAACGAUCCUUCACAGUAAAGGAUACUGCGUCUUGUUUUCUGAGGACAAAACUUUGGUCAGUGAUUACAAGGGUCAACAGUUUUUUAUAUCCAGGCAAGUGAAGUUUCGUUUUUCCUAA